CAGGGGAGGUUGAUGUUGAUAUAGAAAUGGUGGAACGCCUUGUCUUUUCAAUUACUUACAUCCGUACCCCAAAAGCAAUCGGAUUCUCCAUCGCAAAACCCGAAGAAGAUCCAUUAUCAAUCGAAACACAAUGUUUAGCAGGAAAUGGAGAGGCAAAACCAGCGUUUUCUGGCGAUUGUGAAGAAAAAGCAGCUACGUGCGCAGAGGACAGAGGCUGCCCUAAAUCGCACAACCAGGCAUUGUAGAAUUGGGUUGCGUUGGGGGCUCAGAAUCAGGGACCAUGUGACAGCACCACGAGGCACGGCAGGCAGUCGCCUUAAGACACGCGUGUGUGCGCGCGCACCAAGUGUUUGACAAAAUGCCAAAACCAAACCAACAGAAAUAACUGAGAAGAAACCUUGAACAUUCUGAGCAGAUUACGAGUCCUCACAGAUCGCAAAUGGCAAUCAACAUGAACUUCUCCCAUGAUAUUGAUGAUGAAUAUGUGAAGCUAAUUAGAAGAAUGAAUCCACCCAGGGUUGUAAUUGACAACGAAGCCUGUAAGGAUGCUACCGUAAUAAGGGUAGAUAGUGCCAACAAACAUGGGGUUCUUCUUGAAGUUGUUCAAUUUCUUACUGAUCUCAAUCUCAUCAUCACGAAAGCCUAUAUUUCUUCUGACGGUUGCUGGUUCAUGGAUGUUUUUAAUGUCAUUGAUCAAGAUGGAAAUAAAGUUACAGAUGAAGGGGUUUUAGACUACAUCAAAAGGUCCCUUGAGUCAGAUUCUUGUUUUGCAUCUUCCAUGAGAUCUGUGGGUGUUAAGCCAUCUGUUGAUUACACUGCAAUUGAGCUAAUUGGCAAUGAUAGACAAGGAUUGCUUUCUGAACUCAGUGCAGUCCUCACUCACCUCAAAUGCAACGUUGUGCACGCCGAGGUGUGGACUCACAACACUCGAGCAGCAGCCGUGAUGCAUGUCACGGACGAGGAAACCGGUUCUGCAAUCACUGAUCUUGAGAGGCUGUCUAGGAUCAAGGGAUUACUCUGUAAUGUACUAAGGGGGAGCAACCAGAGGUCCAAUGGAGCCAAGACUGUGGUGUCUCAUGGAGUCACUCACAUUGAGAGAAGGCUUCAUCAGAUAAUGUUUGCAGAUAGGGAUUACGAACUUCCCGACGACGAUGUCGUCGAUGAGAAACAAAGACCAAAUGUGAAGGUCGUAAAUUGGUGCGACAUAGACUAUUCUGUCGUUACCAUUCGGAGCAAAGAUCGACCAAAACUUCUAUUCGACACAGUUUGCACUUUGACAGAUAUGCAAUAUGUAGUCUUUCAUGCCAAUGUAGUUGCUGAAGGGCCAGAAGCCUAUCAGGAAUAUUACAUUAGACACAUAGAUGGAUCUCCUGUUAAGUCUGAUGCAGAGAGACAAAGGGUAACUCAAUGUCUUGAAGCUGCUAUCAAGAGAAGAGUGUCCGAGGGCUUGAAGCUUGAGUUAUGCACAACAGAUAGAGUAGGCCUUCUUUCUGAUGUCACCCGCAUCUUCCGAGAGAACAGUCUGACUGUCACAAGAGCAGAGGUAUCAACGAAAGCCGGUAAGGCGAUUAACACGUUCUACGUUCGCGAUGCAUCGGGGUAUCCAGUCGAUUCGAAGACGAUAGAUUCCAUUCGAGAAGUAAUCGGGCAGACAAUACUGAAAGUGAAAGGCAAUCCUAAAGAACAAAAACAAGUUACUCAGGAUUCACCAACCAGAUUCCUAUUUGGUGGUCUUUUCAGAUCUAGAUCGUUUGUGAAUUUUGGGUUGAUAAGGUCAUAAACCAUGAGAAAACAUAUUGACUUAAGCCUGCCCAACAUGUAAAUGAAUGACCUUUCAAACUGCAAACCUCACUAUAAAUACAACAUAGGAAGAAAAGAGAAGCAUGGAGCAGAAUCAGCUGCUGUUCCUUCUUGUACAUUCCCCAAACACAAGCCUUAGGCUCUUAUUUUAGCUUUCAUUUUUCUGAUGUAACAAAAAAACCUCAACUUUCCAUUGCCCACAUGAAAAAAAAAAAGUUAAAGAAGUUAUCUUUA